AUGAACUCACUUCCCUCAAGUUCAGCUUCUACUGAAAGAAAUCCUGCCUCUCUCUUUUGGGGCUGUGAGUUGAAUGAUACCACCCCAAGAUGUGUAGUGAAAGAAGAAGAUGACUUAUUAGAGCACCUAGUAUAUUUGAGAACAGUGACCCUGGGUGAAGAUGCUAAUGAUGAGACCCACGUGUUGGCUGUGGAGUCCAGAAAUAUGGCCAGUGUUCCUGAGCCAGUACUGAUUGUAUCACUGAAACAUUCUGUCUUAGCAAUGGUCUGUCUUGAUGGCUUUGAAUUGCUUCCCCCUGUUUCUUUUAUCCUAAAAUCGGGAAUGGGCCCAAUAUAUCUGAAUGGGCAGCACCUGAUCUUGGAAGAUGAUUCUGACUAUGAGCCAACAGAAGAUGAUAUUCCAGAUGACGUAGAUGCUGAUGAGAACAGCUUUGAUGAAGAUGAAAUACCAAGGGCAGAGAUGCAAGCUGAAGAAGCAUCUAGUCAAGUAUUUAUUACAAAUGAUGAUGAUGAUGAUGAUGAUGAUGAUGAUGAUGAUAAUAAUAAUAAUAAUAAU